AUGGCCCAGCGGACUGCCUCGUCCGUGCUCGUGGCCCUGUGCCUGCUUGUGCUCGUGGCAACGGACGCGGAGGCGAGGCACCACCCGCGGCUUGUCCCCGCGGCGUUCGUGUUCGGCGACUCCACCGUGGACGUCGGCAACAACAAUAACCUGAACGUCACCGCUGCGGCCAGAGCCAACUAUCCGCAGUACGGCAUCGACUUUCCCGGCGGGUCGAAGCCGACCGGGCGGUUCAGUAACGGCUUCAACACGGCAGACCUGCUAGCUCGAGGUCUCGGCUUCAAAAUGAGCCCACCGGCUUACCUCUCUCUAUCGGAAAAGGCCCUCAAGUCUCAGAUGUACAAGGGCAUCAACUUCGCGUCCGGAGGGUCCGGGCUUGCCGAUGGCACCGGCAAAUCACUGUUUGGCGAGGUGAUCCCGAUGUCCCAGCAGCUGGAGCACUUCUCAGAGGUUGUUGAGUGCAUGGCCCAGCUCUCGGGUCAGAAGAAGACCGAGAGUCUCCUCCGCAGGUCCAUCUUCUUCAUCAGCACCGGCAGCAACGACAUGUUCGAGUACUCGGCAUCCCCCGGCGACGACAUAGAGUUCUUGGGUGCCCUGGUCGCUGCCUACAAGCAGUACAUCUUGGCCUUGUAUGAGAUGGGCGCGAGGAAGUUCAGCGUCAUCAGCAUCCCGCAGCUGGGGUGCAUCCCGUCGCAGAGGCUGCGCCGGCUGAAGCAGCUGGGAACCCAGGGCUGCUUCGACCCGCUCAACGACCUCUCGCUGCGCUCCUACCCGAUGCUCGCCGGGAUGCUGAAGCAGCUCAGCUACGAGAUGCCCGACAUGGCCUACUCCCUCGCCAACGCCUACGCCAUGGUCUCCUUCGUCUUCGAAAACCCGCGGACCGACGCCUGGAACUUCACGGAGCUGGAGGCGGCGUGCUGUGGCGGCGGCCCGUACGGGGCGGCGUUCGCGUGCAACGAGACGGCGCCGGUGUGCGCCAACCGCGACGACUACCUGUUCUGGGACGCCAACCAUCCCUCGCAGGCCGUGUCAGCCAUCGCCGCGCAGACGAUCUUCGCCGGCAACCAGACCUUCGUCUACCCCGUCAACGUCAGGGAGCUCGCAAUGCUGUGA